AUGUCAGCCCCGGGUCCUUCUCCAACGGUCCCCGUGCCUGACAAUGAGCAUUCAGAUGGGAAAGACGUCAACCCGACCGUACGCAAGGCCGUCCGCCUUUGUCUCAGCGCGAAAGAGUAUCGAGUCCUCUACGAUAUUGCUGCCAAACGCGCGCCAGCCCUGAAGAACAAACUACCUUCAUCUCUCCGCGAUGAUCCAGCUACAUUUUCACGGAAUCGACAUACCUUGGCAGCUGUCCGUGCCACGCUACGUGUAUUUGUUGGCUCGAACGUCGCGUUGAAGCUGGUGGAUGAGAUUAUAAGCCGCGUCAAAGGUGAUGGAUCAAAACAAAAGUCUCGCACCCCCAUUCUCCGCUCCCCAAACUUCCGCCUCUCCUUCUCUAUAUCUCUCCUACUUCUCCUCCACCGUCUCCUCUACCGCUUUCUCGUGAGACUACGGGCAAAUCUAGGCACCGACGAUGCUCUUUCUUUCCGAGAGCGGAACCCGCGCAUCUCGCGCGCAUUGACGUCAAAAUAUGCGCCUGCCAUCGGAGCCAGUCUAGCGGGGUUCGCGUUAGGGGUGGCUCCGCAGGACCAGCUUCGCUUGACAGCUGCCAUUUGGACCUCUACGCGCAGCUUGGAAUUCCUGUUUGAUGCGUUAGCAUCAAAGGGGUGGAUGGAUGGGCGCCCGUGGUGGUUCGGUAGCUGGCUGCUGAUGCCAGUCUCGUGUGGACAGCUUCUCCAUGCAUUUGUGUUUGAUCGUGAGACCGUGCCGGGGUGGUUCGGCCAGGUUGUUCUGAGGUUUUCUCCAAGUUACAUUCAAAGCCGACCGGAGUCCCUCCCUGCCAAUGUUUCUUGGCCCGAGAAGGAAGAGAUUGUGGAUUCGCUCGCAUCUAUUGCAGAUCUGCGUUGGCCGGCUUUUGUAUCGCCAAUCCUUCAUCCGACAGACCCUAAUACAUUACCUGCAGCGGUCAAGUCUUUGUCUCCAAUCACUGGACCUGCGCAUCCUUCGAUCACACAUUUAUCAUGUGCACUUCUUCACCCAAGCCUGCCUAAUUGCAGUACUGCAUUUUUGCAUCAUAUUUUGCUUUCGGUACCCCGGCUCGCUCGGUUCCUCGCUGCCCUCACCUUGGCGAUGAGUAUUCCCGAAAUGAAGAAUAUCAUCCAACAGCCUAUUACAUCUAUCAAUACCCUGUCUAAGAAGAUCAUCACGUUAACAGCCGUUCUUUCCGUCGCCAUUGGAACCGCCUGGGGUAGUGUGUGUCUGUUCAACAACACACUUCCCCGAAGCACGCUCCCUACCAAACGCUUCUUCCUCAGUGGUGCAUUGAGCGGUCUCCCCUUUUUCCCCCUGGGUAACAGCCGUGCUUUGUUCACUCAUUUCCUCCGUGGAUCUCUGGACUCGGCAUGGAAGACUGGCAUUAAGCGUAAAUUGUGGAAAGGCGGGCGUGGCAGUGAGCUGGCGCUCUUUGUCAUGUCAUGGGCACUAAUGGGUUCAGUCCUGGAGGCGAAUCCCAACGCAAUUGAAGGUGGUGGUCUGCGAAAGGGAUUGGCUUGGCUGCGUGGAGACGGUUUCGUCGAUCCCGUUGAGAUUGAGAAACGCAAGACUCUUCGAGCAAAGAAGACCGAUACUGCAUGA